AUGAGUAGCAAGCUACGAAUCAUCUUUACCGACUUUAUUGAGUCGAUCCCUGACGAAAAGCUCCUGGGCUUUUCUGACACUGCGGGAAAGGUUCACACCACUCGUGACUAUUACCUGCAGAAUCUGGGUCUCACUACCAACCUGCCUAAGUGCAACAUUCUGCGAGUCAUGGUUAGCAACACCAUCAGCGUGACUUCUGCCGCCCAAGCUCGUGGAAGCAUCGUCGCCUCUGCUUUCGUGCCGGUUGACAACCCGCUUACCCCCGCCGAAAUCAAAAAGGCGUUGAUUGCUAGCUUCUAA